GUGAACAACACGAAUAGAAACAGUUCUUGGUGUUUUAGAUAAGUGUUAGCUUCUGUAUUGAAGGAUAAUUCGUAUUAGACGUGAUAAAUAACUUCGGUUAGUUUGUGUGAUUUAACGGGUUAUGAUAUUGGGCACACUUGUUGCUGUAGCUUAAAUUAUACAUACAUACAUCUGCAUUUAUCUGGCGAAAAUUUGCAUCGCAAGGAGUCAUCAACAAUUAUCGAAAAUCCGACAUACAUACAUACCUCCUACAUAUACUAGAACUGUUAGUAUGAUGAAAUCAAUUCCCGUCUUCGUGUUUUACGCAUUUUUAAUGACGGUGUCUAUUGGAGCGAUCGAGUCACGCCCUCAAAAUGCUAUCGACAACAGACAGGAUAUUGAAAAUUUAGACCAAGACCUGGACGAGAUGCGGAAUAGCUAUUAUGAGAUGCCAGCAUCGGCAACCUACUCUGGCGUCCCGCUCGAUCGUUUGCAAAUGUUGAUCGCCCAAUAUAGGCCUACAUCUUACAUGCGCACUCCCGGGUGGAACAGCGGCAUGAAUGAGCUCUUUCGUACGCCUGAGUCAAAACGUCAAGUAAGAUAUCGACAGUGCUACUUCAACCCGAUCUCGUGCUUUAAGAAGUAAGCUGCUUAAGAAACUUAAGAUGCCAAGACAAAGUAAAGUAAAGUAUGGGGAAACGUUUGACUUAAAUUUGUAAAUACAUACAAUAUCUAUUAAAUAAGGCAUAAAAAACACAUUGAGCCCACAGCUAUUCGAUUUAUAAAAAAAAUAACAUUUCAAACAGCAACC